AUGUCCAUUACCAGGAUUCCCACAGAACUCGUGAACGAGAUCUGUGGCUACCUCGAACUGUCGGACUGGUGCACACUUCGCACUACAUGCAACCCACUCUACACAAAGUCAUGGGAUGAUUUUGCCAAACGAUAUUUCGAAAGCAUCUGUAUAUCCGUCAAGAGCGACAGCUUACGUCGACUAGAACAGCUCGCUGCAGAUGAGAAUCUCAGAACACGGAUCCAAGAGCUAUGGAUCAAACCAGACUUGUUCAAGGGACGGUAUCAAUUGAGCCUCGAAGCAUUUCGACGCACUGGACAUGCAGAAGCAUGCCGAACAAUGGGAAUGGGCCUAGAGGAAAGCUAUGCACAAUACCAGGCAAUAUCGGCUGAUCACAUACAUAUCCUGGACUCUGAAACUCUCACAAAUACCCUCACGAAAUGUGUCGCACGCUUUGAGAACCUGAGAUCCUUUGGGUUGCGAUCUUGCUCGAAAGCCAGUUGGCACGGCCCAAAGAACUGUCCCUUCACCGUAGGACAGGACCACGUUUUAGUCUUCUCGGCGAUAGUGAAAGCGGUGGUUGCAACUUGUCGCCAUCUCAGAACGCUCCAUACAUGCAAUGGCUACCACAACAGCCUUACGACAGGAGGUCUGACCGUCUCUCAAAACACUCGCAAAUUAUUGCUUCCUCUUAUACGAGGAAUGGAAAGUUUACAUUUGUGCGAACUUGCAAAGAAUCCAGAUGAAAGUCCCGUCAGCAUCAUGAGUGAUAUUCUGGUCGAGGCCGCACCUUCUUUGAAGGCCUUGACAUACUCACAAUGUUGUCCAAAUCGAAAUAUGAACCCCAGCUAUCUCAAUGGAGUAUCCGAGCGCCUCAACUUUACACAGCUUACUGAGCUCCGUCUUUGCUGGAUCGAGAUCACCCCAUAUAGCUUUGAAACUUUACUAAGCACAGCGGCAUCUACUUUGAAGUCGUUGAGCUUAGUAUCGGUGAAUUUGAACGAGAACAACAGACCGCCUUUAAUAUCUGACGAAGAAGCUAUCACGCUUGGUAUAAGAUGGCUUGGCAUGAUCAAAGACCCCAUAAAACGAGCCUGGGGACAAAUCUUCACCAUGUUGCUUGACAAAACAUCACUGGAACAUCUGUCGAUGGAGACGAUCGGAUUCCGUCGUUAUCCCAUCACUAUCACGGACAGUCUUAGUGAUGUGAGUGGAAAGCCAAGCUCAAUGGACAACAGCGUCGCUUGUUAUGAUAGUGCCCGAGCUCGCGUUUCCUUCCGUGAAUGGAUCAGCAGUUUGCAAGUGCAACCCUCUCGAUAUUUGGGCCACAAUCUACCGGGUAGUAAGUACAGCUCUCAGGCUUGA